AAGCUCCUUACGGUUAAGCGAGCGCCGAAGGAGCCACCCUAAUCUCCCUUCCGCAACCGCUCUCGCAUUCUUCUUCUCCACUCGACAUCUUAAUUAUUUCGCUCAACAGUCCCGUUCGGCAACCGCACUCACUCGUUCGACAUCCUCUCAGCAUACCCUGAUUUUGUGUUCACGGGACCCUUACGACAUAGACAUUCCAUCCUAGUCGGCAUUGGAACUCAAAGUUUUUCAUCCAAUAGACACAUCUCACCAUCGAGAACAAGCAUCAACAUGAUCAUCGACAAAACAGCAUCUGCAUCUUCGGGCACUGCUCUGGACAAGCACAACCCUGUCCCGGAGCUUGGCAAUCUCGAUUUAAACAGCCAGAUCUACAGCUCGACAUACCCUACCCCUCUCGCACCCGAGUCGGACGCAGUUCAGCAGACUCUCUGCGGUUUCGAAGGCCCGGAGAAGGUCUUUGAAAUCUGGUUUCGUCCCGUCAACGGCAAAGAAUCUCCUUUACCCGACGUGGAGUCUGUAGCUAGUGAGGAUAAUGCAUCCGUGGAUGAGAUCGUCGAAGACUUCACACCGAUUGGCAAACAUGUGUACAACAGCACUGUACCAAACGCUGACGGUGAAUAUCAGCUCCCUCGCACUGGACUCCGCACCGUCAGUCGGGACGUUUGGGAGGAAAUGUUGGGCAUCGUUAAGUGCCAAGUCUUGAAUGUCAUCCAGAACGAAUGCGCCGACGCUUAUCUGUUGAGCGAGUCGUCCAUGUUUGUCUACCAACACCGCCUGAUUUUGAAGACAUGUGGCACUACUACCUUGCUCCACGCCGUGCCAAAGAUUAUUGAAAUCGCGGCCGAGUAUUGUGGCUUGCACGAAAUCAACGCCGUCUUCUAUUCCCGCAAGGCCUUCUUGUUCCCCGAAAAGCAAGCGUGGCCCCAUGGCCGAUGGGGCGACGAGGUGGCAUACCUGGACAAGAUUCUGCCGGACACCGAUUACGAAACUUCUGGCUACGUCAUUGGCAAAGUCAAUGGAGAUCACUGGUGCUUGUACAUGGCGACUCCACUGCGUCUCAGCCUGGAUUUGGAUGGAGUGGAAUUGGGUGACAGUUCUUCCUCGUCGCGCGACAGUGAUGGAGGCUCAUCUGUCCUGGAGGAGGAGGAUGAUGAAGGCGACGACGAUGUCACUCUGGAGAUCUUGAUGACCCAGCUUGAUCCAGCAGCGAUGAAAACUUUCUGGCGUGACGCAGAGGAGCUCAAGGCUGCCAGAGACCCUGCUCGGGCAGCUGAGGUGGCCCGGGAAGGUGGACAGCGUGUUUACCGCGCCACCGGCAUCUCCGAGAUCUAUCCAGACGCCAUUGUGGAUGAUUACCUGUUCGACCCUUGCGGCUAUUCCCUCAAUGGGCUCGUCGGCCCGCACUACUUCACCAUUCACGUCACGCCCGAAGACCACUGCUCCUACGCAUCCUUCGAAACUACCGUCCCAGUCCGUCGCUCGCCCAACAGCGGAUCCGCCACCGCCGACGACUACGAGACGUUCGAAGACGUCAUCCGUCGCGUCGUUCGCAUCUUCCGCCCAGCCACCUUCUCCACCACCCUAUUCUCCCGCAAAUCGGCCCGCGACAAGCAUCACGGCUCCGCCGACACCGCCACUCCAGUAGACGAAGACGAGCCAUCCCUCCUCCACUCCCUCGAAGGAUCUGUCCCAGCCUUCCGCCGCCGCGACCGCAUCGGCCACUGCCUGGGCAAAUGGGACCUCCUCUUCUGCCACUACGACCGUGGCGUCCCCGCUUCCGCCAGCCCUCGCCACAAGGGCGCCAAAGCGGUUGUUCGGUGACUACACACUUAGGGCAUCGACUUUGCUCAGCCCAAGCCGAAAGAGCAAACUGGAUCGGGGAAACAUGCUUUUGUAUUGUGUGCUGAUUUGGCUCCGGAAAUCAACUCGUUAUAUCUCUGUCGGUUGACGGGUUUGGACUUCAGACA